GAUGGAUGGAGUUAGUCAGCCCUAUUCUACCUGUGGCUGUAUGUCACAAAAUGACUGUAACUAUAGAUAUCAGCCCUACACAAUUUGUUUGAGGCUAACUAAACGCCUUACUAAACUAAGAUUUUGAGUUGUUUAAAGCUCUGUCAUGUAGACAGAAGGGGCCAAUGAUUGAACCAUGCCCUUCCGACAGGUGGACGACCACUCGACUUCUUGGGCCACAGGUGCACAUUCAUAUAUUUAGCAAGGGUCAUUGUGUUUGGCAAUGUGGUGAGAGCAUUUGCAGGUCAGUGGGCCUUGCAUCAAUCCUGCAAUAGCUCAAAAUGCAAUGUGGUGUUGUUGUGUUGUUCAAGAAGGUAGACAAAAAUGUAAGAACAUACGCCCAUGUAGACAAAGUUUAAGACCUGUGGGCUCAGACCUCUGGAGUCUGACAAAGUUUUUCCUCUUGGUUGAGGAGUUAAUGAGAUCCAUGGAGGGUGAACAAGUCUCAUAAAAUCUUUCCAUUAUGUCAAAGUGUUCACAUUUUCAGAUGCAGAGAUGAACUGAAUUCAUUGGCUGGUCAGGCAUCUGCAAAGGAAUGAGACAAUCAAGCACAUCUUCCUAUUAAGACUUCUUUGCUCUUUUUUCCAUUUAUGUUUUUGAUCUGCCUGUCUUAUUCAUUAAUGAUUUAAUCUCUGACAUUCUUCAUGGAUGAUAAACUUAAUGUGACAUACAUAACUCUUGAUGGAUAUGUGGAAGUUCACAAAUACAGAUAUCUUUAUUUUUUGGUUAUAUUCACAGCUUAUAUUCUAAUAAUCUGCAGUAAUUCUACUGUUGUGUAUCUCAUCUGGAUUCAUCAAAACCUCCAUGAGCCCAUGUACAUUUUCAUUGCAGCUCUGUUAAUCAACUCUCUUCUUUACAGCACUUUGAUCUACCCAAAGCUGUUGAUUGACUUUUUAUCUGAGAAACAGAUCAUAUCUUAUUCAGCCUGCCUCUUUCAGUUUCAUGCAUUUUACUCUUUAAACGGUUCAGAGUUCUUACUGUUGGCAGCCAUGUCUUAUGACAGAUAUGUGUCCAUAUGUAAACCUCUGCAGUAUCCAGCUAUCAUGAGGAAAACAACUGUCAGUAUUUUCCUCAUUUUGGCCUGGCUUCUGCCUGCAUGUCAGAUUGCAGUCCCAGUAAUACUGAGUGCUGACAUGAAACUCUGUAAUUUCACUUUAAAUGGAAUUUUGUGUAACAAUUCAAUGUACAACCUCCACUGUAUCAAAUCAAGAGCACGAUCCAUAUUUGGUGUUGUUGCUUUGCUAAACACUGCACUUCUCCCUUUGCUCUUCAUACUGUUUACAUACACCAGGAUACUGAUAAUAACCUGUCGAAGUAGCAGAGAAGUCAAGACAAAAGCUGCUCAGACCUGUUUACCACACCUGUUGGUUUUAAUCAGCUUUUCCUGUCUGUGUGCAUAUGACGUGACUAUAGUUCGUUUGGAAUCCGAUAUUCCAAAAACGGUGCGUUUAAUAAUUACACUACAAGCAUUCUUGUAUCAUCCCCUCUUUAAUCCAGUCAUAUAUGGACUGAAAAUGAAGGAAAUCUCUAAACACCUGAGGAGGUUGUUCUGUCAAGCCAAAGUGAUCUAGUGUGUUAAAGAGUAACAACAGUAAUGGUGAUGUACAGUCAUUUAUUUUGUAAAAAUAAGGCAGACAUGUGAAUGGCCUUACUUUGAUGUACUUACUACAGCCCUUACUUUGAUGGAUACAGUGUCCUUAAACAGUGUAAUGACUAACUAAUGUGUUGUACUUUUGAAAAUUAUAUUAUUAUUAUUAUUAUAUUAUAUUUUUGUUAACAAAAGUCUGUGUCAGUAAGUCAUUGACAAUCUAUCCACUGAAGUGGGCGCUUGUCAUUUUGACGUUCUCGUCCUUGUGUCAAGGUUUUCUGCUGUCUUGAUAGAGAAGCUACGCAGGGUUUGACACUGUUGCUUUGUGUGUUAAUGGGUUACAUAAAUGUGAGAUUUGGAUGCACUGUCGAAAUAUUUUCAGCCACAGGAAUCUUGGGAGACGGAGGAUGAGAGGAGAUGGUUUGGUGUGGGCAGAUGUUGAUAGUAGACACUGGGUUUGAGGUAGUUGGGAAGCUCCUCAGUGGCACGGCACUGGGAGUGCAUGAGAUCUGUCCUGGGUACCUUAAGGCUCUCUAUGUUGUGGGGCUGUUUUGGCUGACAUGACUGCAGCAUUGUGUGGCAGUCAGUUGGCAGCCAUGUCUUAUGACAGAUAUGUGUCCAUAUGUAAACCUCUGCAGUAUCCAGCUAGGAUACUUGGACUCGGACUUGUGCACAAACUGCAUUUGGACGGGUAAAUCGGAGUUGAGUCCUCAGAUUUUUAUUUUAUCUUAUGUAAUACACCAUAGUAAUUUGGCAUAAGAUAAUAUCAGUAUUAUAUAAUAAUUACACAAUAAUAUAUUCGGAU